UCGUCGUCGCCCUGAACUGGGCUCCAAGCCAUUCCAUUCCUCCUCCCAAAUUGAUCGCCCGAGACUUCGGCUUCCUUACUCCUGCUAAUCUCGUCUCUUACCGAGAUUCCUCACCUUCUUCGACUUCCUUUACAUCCCCACCUCCGCCUCCUACUGAGAUUUCACCUUUCUUCUUCUGCUACACCUCCAAAGUCCAAUCCACCGAUGCGCGGCGGCGGCCAAAUGAUCUCCGUUUACCCGGAAGAGCUCAGUUUCGAAGUUGAGUUGGAGAAGCCAUCGCCCUGCAAUAUCAAGGUCGUCAACAACACGGAGCAUCAUGUCGCCUUCAAGGUGAAAACGACGUCUCCUAAGAAGUAUUUUGUUCGGCCUAAUGCAAGCGUGGUACAACCUUGGGACUCAUGUACCGUGACAGUCACCCUCCAAGCUCAGAAGGAGCUCCCUCCGGAUAUGCAAUGCAAGGAUAAAUUCCUCAUUCAGAGUGCUAAGGUUCCCCCAACUAACGAUAUCGAUGAAAUCCCUAAAGACACAUUCAAUAAAGAUGGUGAAAAGGUGAUAGAGGAACUCAAACUUAGGGUUGUUUAUAACCCCCCCUCGCAAAACGGAUAUGAAAAUUUGGAAGAAGAGUCUGGUCUUACUUCUUAUAAGAGCAGAGCAUCUAAUGUGUUGAAAAAUUCAAGUUCUGAUGAGGCAUUGCAACAGUUGAAGGAAGAACGUGAUUUUAUUGUUCAUCAAAAUCAUCAGUUCAAAAGGGAAUUGGAAAUGUUGAACAAACGCCGAAGUCGCAAAACUGAUGCUGGUUUUUCCAUGACGUUCGCUGCAUUUGCCGGCCUCGUCGGUAUAACAUUUGGGUUCAUCCUAAACCUUCUAUUCACUGCAUCACCAACUUCAUGAACUGUUACCAGACCUUGAGAGCUUAAUCAAGUUUGCUUAUAUCCACGACCACCUCACUCUUCUGUUUCAUUAACCAUGUCUUUUCUCCCUCGUUUGCUGCACUAAAAAGGUGCGUUGAAAUUUCAUUAGUUUCGACAUUCUCCUGUUCAAUUCAGUGGCUUGUGUGCUUGAUCUAUACCCGUGGGAAAGAAGGAACCCUAGAGGAUCAUUAAUUUGUAUACAUUGUGAUUUUACUCCGUUCUUAGAAUGUGUAUCAUGUUUCUUGAUUUUGAUUAAGACUGUACUAUAACAUUCCAGAUUAUGUUUGA